AUGGUAUUAAUGAACAAGAAACCAUGAACUGUUGAACUGUUAUUGAAAGGCUGGGUAUAAGAUUUUUUAAAAUGAAGAAUGAUUGUGAAAAUAUUAAGGGUAAUUUAACAUAUUUAUAAUAUGUUAAAAAAAAAGGUUAGUACAUUAUGGUAAAUUAUUAUUUAUUUGCAUAGAUAUGUAUUUGUGAGCAUGUGUACAGAUAAGUAGAUAGAUCUCUUUUGAUGAGGGUGUAUGUAUUAUUAUUUAUUUGUAUUACCAUAGUGCCAAUGUACACACAGAUAUCUUUUAAAGCAAGUUUUAUGCCGAUUAAGAGUUAAUUACUGUGACCUUUCCGUUCAUUUUGUGAGCCAUCUCUUUUUAUUAUAUCUGCUAGAAAGAUUUUCUUUCCGAUCUCCCUAUUGAAAUUCUGUGACAGGCAAAAGGAAGCAUUAUAAUUCAAUACACAAAUCCUGCACUGAAGCCAAGGAAGGUGAUCAUGGCUCUAUCGAUCUUGCUAGAACCGAACAGCAUGUACUGUAGACAUAUACUGAAGCAGUUCAGGCAUCCUAUACUUUUGCUGCUGCACAAUACAACACAAUUUCUCAUUAUUGCAGACUGUCUAUUGUUUUUUACCCUUCAUGAAGCUGGACCGAUAGAAAAUUGAGAAGUCACGACUUCCCAACAUGGCAUUUUAAAUUUCACCAUAUCUUCUGAUCCCUUUCUGUGUUUCCAGAUUGUUGAUUUGUUCUCCAAAUUUCUCUAUCCUUUACUUUUGUUCCAAGCUAAAUGGUGUUGAAGUGCUGCUAAAUUUUGGGUUUUUCAUUAACAUUCAUGUUGAUUAAUCCCAUCUUUCUGACUGCAAGUCAUUUCCCCCAACCCUCCCCUCUGUGUCUCCUUUCAACUGCUCCUCCUCCUCCCACACCUGAGCUAUAAGUACUCUCCCAGUGUCUGGAAGAGUCUCAAGCCUUGGGAAAGGACUGCACCCAGACAAUCCUCUGCGAGACCAACAGAAUGGAGAAGACUAGUAAAAUGCAAGAAGAAAAGCACCUCACAGGAACCUUGGUUCUCUCUGUCUUCACCGCAGUGCUGGGCUUCUUCCAGUAUGGAUACAGCCUUGGUGUCAUCAAUGCUCCUCAAAGGGUAAUAGAGGCCCAUUACAGCCGUGUGCUGGGCAUUGCCCCUAUUGACAGAAGUGCCAUCAAUUUCACAGACACGAAUGGAAGCGUGAUCUUCCCAGAUCUAGAAGAAUUGGAUGUAGGCAAAAGUACACUCACUCUGUACUGGUCCCUGUCUGUGUCCAUUUUUGCCAUUGGUGGAAUGAUUUCCUCUUUCACUGUUGGAUGGGUUGGAGACAAGCUAGGCAGAGUGAAAGCCAUGCUGGCCGUGAAUGUUCUUUCUAUCAUUGGAAAUCUCUUCAUGGGGCUGGCAAAAUUUGGCCCAUCUCACAUCCUUAUUAUAGCUGGGAGAGCAAUCACAGGACUGUACUGUGGGCUAUCGUCAGGACUUGUUCCAAUGUAUGUUGGUGAGAUAUCACCUACAGCCCUUCGAGGAGCCCUGGGAACGUUGCACCAACUUGCUAUAGUCACGGGUAUUCUCAUCAGCCAGGUCCUUGGACUAGACUUUCUGCUCGGCAAUGACGACAUGUGGCCUCUGCUUCUUGGUCUAUCUGGUGCUGCUGCUGUUCUUCAGUUUUUCCUGCUCUUAUUGUGUCCAGAAAGCCCUCGGUAUCUUUACAUUAAACUAGGAAAGGUGGAGGAAGCUAAAAAAAGCUUGAAAAGGCUCAGAGGAGACUGUGACCCCACAAAAGAGAUUGCCGAGAUGGAAAAGGAGAAACAAGAAGCUGACAGUGAAAAGAAAGUCUCCAUCAGGAAGCUUUUCAGCUCUUCCAGUUACAGGCAGCCAGUCAUUGUGGCACUGAUGGUUCAAAUAUCUCAGCAGUUUUCAGGAAUCAAUGCAAUCUUUUACUACUCUACAAACAUUUUUGUAAGAGCGGGAGUUGAUCAACCCGUUUACGCAACCAUUGGUGUUGGUGUCGUGAACACUGUCUUCACCGUUAUCUCUGUCUUCCUUGUGGAGAAAACAGGGAGACGGUCCCUGUUUAUUGCUGGUUUGAUUGGUAUGCUAGCAAGUGCCGUAGCCAUGACAGUUGGACUUGUGCUCCUGAGCACUUUUGCUUGGAUGAGCUACGUGAGCAUGGUCGCAAUUUUUCUCUUUGUAAUUUUCUUUGAAGUCGGGCCUGGACCAAUCCCCUGGUUUAUUGUUGCUGAACUGUUCAGUCAAGGGCCCCGCCCUGCCGCCAUAGCCAUAGCUGGAUUCUGCAACUGGACCUGCAACUUCAUCAUUGGAAUGUGUUUCCAGUAUAUUGCAGAUCUGUGUGGCCCUUAUGUGUUCAUGAUCUUCGCCGUUCUGCUCUUAAGCUUCGUUUUAUUUGCAUACUUUAAAGUACCAGAAACAAAAGGAAAGUCUUUUGAAGAGAUUUCAGCUGAGUUCCGCCGCAAGAGGCGCUCAGCCGUAAAAGGACCCAAAGCUGCUACUGAACUGGAGGAUUUGCGAGGCAGCGAGGAGGCAUAAAAACCUGCAAAAUGUGUACCAGGAGGAGAUUAAAGAACAUAUAUUUUUUAAUGCAUCUGAAAAAGCCUUAGACAAAACACCACAGCUCAAAAACCAGUAUCAUGUUUCUGACUGAUAUGCCUGGUAGUGUAUGUAUCCUACUGCCCCUGGCCCUGAGACUAACCUGACGUUAUGUUCUAAGGGCUCAGUAUAUCUUGGUGUUGUCCUAAAAAGACACGGGACAGAAUGGAAGGAAUAGAUACAGAUAAGCUUCCAUGGUGGACUGAAUUGAUUCAGAACAGUAACAGUCUUCAUUCACUGGAGACCGGUAUAGAUUGACCAAGAGGAGAAGGGGCAAAAGAAAGAAAAGAGAUGCUGUGUGAUCAUUUAGUCUUAUGGAUGGUUUCACCCUGGGAAAACCAAAUGCUACUGUAGUUGUCAUAUUAGUAUAAAGACAUAACUAGCUGAAGGGGAUAAAUAUAAAAGAGUGAGUGAAUUUGCCACCUGAUCCUAGAGUGGUGUAGCAGAAUUUCCAUUACAAUUUGUUAGUAUUAAACCCAGCAUGUUUUAUUUAAUAUUUAAUUUAGAGAAUUUUUUCACUUCAAGGUCCCAGAAACAGAGACAAGGUUUUCAUCUCAAGGCCAAAAGACCAAAAACAUCAAGACACUUGAUCACGCCCUUGGAUAGACCAAGAGACUACUAACACUUGACUAGAGCUCAGAAAGCCACACAUACUGGCUGGUCCCAUAAGGAUUUUUCAAACCAGUAACACGCUUGAGGAAAGUCUUAUAAAUGCUGGCCAUGUUAUUGAUGUUUUGGGAAAAAAUAUUUAAUUUCUCUUUCCAUUGUGAUCCUUUGCUUUAUCAUAUUUACUGCUACAGCCUGAAAGGUGGUACUAUAGUCUAGGGGAGAGGGCACUGAAUUAGGAGUCAGAAGAACUGGAUUCUAUGCCCAGCUCUGGCACAGCCCCUCUGUGAGACCCUAGGUAAGUCUUUCCACGUCUCUGCUGCUGUUUACCCUCCCAACCUGUCUGUCUAAGACUAUACAUUCUUUGGGGCAGGGACUGUUUCUUACUAUGUGUUUGCACAGCGCCUAGCACAGUGGGGUUGUGAGCUCCAUUGGACCUUAAAACACUACUGUAAACCAAACAACAAAUAACAACCACCAGGGGCCAGAUUAAAUUGGCCUAGCACCAUUAACUUAAAAUGGCUUCCUGUUGA